UCCACCUCCUUGUCUUUUUGCCCGCCGGUCCCUGCCUCCCUUGAAGUCCCCUUCCCCUUCCUUCACACGCUUCUGGGCUAUUGCUGCUGCUAUUGCUGCUGUUGCUGCUGCUGCUGUUUGAUCAAUACAUACACACACACACACGCCUACUGCUUCCUGGGUUCUCGCAGCAGCCUGUCUCUCUUCCCUGCUCGCCCUCUCCCUCACCCAUUGUUUGGCGGUCUGACACCACCCCCCAAUCCAACCAGGUGCCCCGUCGAUCGACUAGGAGACGGCCGACCUCUGCCUGCCUGUGCCUGCACAGUCCACUCACACACACACUCACCCACACACACACGUCCAUCCUCUCUCACUCCUGCCGAACCCCGUCUUUCCCUCUUACUCGCUCGCUCGCACCCUCUCAAUCAAUCAUUCCAUCUCCCGCUUGCGCGCCUUCCUUUUCACACCACCGCACUUUGCUGCACCUCAACCUGCGAGUCGUCGACCGCUACACACGCUCUCUCUCUCUCCCUCUUCAUUAAUAAUCCUAGGCUCCGUGUCGGCCGGCCUUUCGACACAAGUACCCGUUUCCACCUAUCUAAUAUCUACCCAAAUCACCCUCUUCCGCCGUCGUCGCCAUGGGUUGUGGAAUGAGCACAGAAGAGAAGGAGGGAAAGCAGAGGAACGAGGAGAUUGAGAAUCAGCUCAAGCGCGACAAGAUGCUGCAGCGUAACGAGAUCAAGAUGCUUCUGCUCGGUGCUGGUGAAUCUGGCAAAUCCACUAUUCUCAAACAGAUGAAGCUCAUCCACGAAGGCGGAUACUCCCGCGAUGAGCGCGAGUCCUUCAAGGAAAUCAUCUUCAGCAACACCGUGCAGUCGAUGCGCGUCAUUCUCGAAGCCAUGGAGUCGCUUGAGCUCCCCCUCGACGACCAGCGCGCCGAAUACCACGUGCAGACCAUCUUCAUGCAGCCUGCUCAAAUUGAAGGCGACAGCCUUCCCCCAGAGGUUGGCAACGCCAUCUCGGUGUUAUGGAAGGACGUUGGCGUUCAACAAUGUUUCCAGCGCUCGCGCGAGUACCAGCUCAACGAUUCCGCCAAAUACUACUUCGAUUCCAUUGAGCGCAUCGCGGCCCCCGACUACAUCCCCAACGAUCAGGAUGUGCUCCGUUCUCGUGUUAAGACCACUGGUAUUACUGAGACGACCUUCAUCAUCGGUGACCUGACAUACCGCAUGUUCGAUGUUGGUGGUCAACGGUCCGAAAGAAAGAAGUGGAUACACUGCUUUGAGAAUGUCACAACCAUUCUUUUCCUGGUCGCCAUUUCCGAAUACGAUCAGCUCCUCUUCGAAGACGAAACCGUCAACCGUAUGCAAGAGGCUUUGACUCUGUUCGACUCCAUCUGCAACUCGCGGUGGUUCGUAAAGACAUCCAUCAUCCUGUUCCUCAACAAGAUUGAUAGGUUUAAGGAGAAGCUGCCAGUCAGCCCGAUGAAGAAUUAUUUCCCAGACUACGAAGGAGGUCCUGAUUAUGCCGCCGCCUGCGAUUACAUCUUGAACCGAUUCGUGUCCUUAAACCAACACGAAACUAAGCAAAUUUACACACAUUUCACCUGUGCCACAGACACGAUGCAGAUUCGAUUCGUCAUGGCUGCCGUAAAUGACAUCAUCAUUCAAGAAAACCUCAGGUUGUGCGGUCUGAUAUAAUC